CACUUUCGGAGUUGGGGCUGAGGAAGUGAGCUGCAGAGAUGGCGCUGAUGGAGGUGUGCCGUGUUCAGGACUGGAGCCUGUACGAUCUCCCUCUCAGACAGAGCAUCCUUGCUCUAACCCAAGGCCGGGAGCUCGCUCUCGGUGCCGGGGAUGGACAGUUGGCGGUGCCGCUCGGUCUGGAUCCAGUGAGAUUCCUUAAACCAUACAUUGACGGUGAUGAUGGGGUUGAGAUUAAACUCCAUCACGGUACAACCACCCUGGCUUUUAAGUUUCAACAUGGAGUGAUGGUUGCCGUGGAUUCCCGAGCUUCAGCAGGCUCCUACAUUGACACCCAGACGUUCAAGAAGGUGAUUGAGAUAAACCCCUACCUGCUGGGCACAAUGUCGGGCAGUGCUGCAGACUGUGUCUUCUGGGAGAGAAUGUUGGCCAAACAGUGCAGGAUUUACAAAUUACGGAACAAGAAACGUAUCUCAGUGUCUGCUGCAUCCAAACUGUUGGCUAACAUGGUGUCUGAGUAUAAAGGCAUGGGGCUCUCGAUGGGAACCAUGAUCUGUGGCUGGGAUGAGAAGGGCCCAGGUCUUUACUAUGUGGGUGAUAACGGGAUGAGACUCUCUGGCAGCAUGUUCUCCACGGGCUCAGGCAGCAGUUACGCAUACGGUGUUAUGGACAGCGGAUAUCGAUAUGACCUGUCGGUGAAGGAGGCCUAUGAUUUGGCGCAGCGUGCCAUCUAUCAUGCCACCCACCGCGAUGCGUACUCUGGAGGCACAGUUAACAUGUAUCACAUGCGGGAAAAUGGCUGGGUCAAAGUGUCUCAGGAAGAUGUUGGUGUUCUGCACCACAGGUACACUGCAGAGACCCCGUGAGCUGCUCAAGACUCAUUUGAAAUCAAAUCUCAGUCAAGACCAGCAACUAAAGCGACCAUUGGACCAGUAGGCUGUGUGAAUGGUUUACAGUUGACUGUUCACUGAAGUAAACUUAAACUUCAGUUUACUGAAUAAAUAAAUACAAUCUUACUCCAAA